AUGCCCCCAAACGCAGUUGACAUGCCUUCCUCAUCCACAGCUCAGAAAACCAUCGUCAUUGUUGGUCUCGGCAUGGCUGCCGUAGCAUUCAUGGAGAAACUGAUUGCAUACGAUACUAAAAAGGAAUUCUGCAUUAAAGUCUUUGGUGAUGAACCUGAGUUGGCAUACAACCGUGUUGGUUUGACGCAAUACUUCACCCAUCGAGACCCUGACAAGCAGUUGAUGAAACCCAGAUCAUGGUAUCAAGAAAAUCAAAUUGAAGCUCAUAUUGGCGAUCUCGUUGAGGAAAUCAAUACCAAUAAAAAGAUGGUCCGUGCAAAGAAUGCCUCUUGGGUCUCCUAUGAUAUCUGUGUUAUAGCUACUGGAUCUUCUGCCGCCGUGCCUGCCAAUGCUCCCACUAAUAUGGACGGUGUCUUUUGCUAUCGAACUAUCGAAGAUUUGGACAAUAUCAUUGACUGGGCUUCUAGACAAGACGUUCAGAAGGCGACUAUCAUUGGGGGUGGCCUGCUGGGUCUUGAAGCUGCCAAAGCUGCUCUUGAUCUGGAUCUCAAGGUGUCUAUUUACGAGAGAGCAGAUCGUUUGAUGUGUCGUCAAUUAGAUCAAGAAGCAUCCAAGCUUUUGGAAUCCGAGAUUAACAAGCUAGGCAUCAUUACAAGCAUUGGUUAUUGCCCUGAUCAAGUCGUUGGUGGUGAUGUCAACCCUGAUACAAACAAGACUCGUAUCAGAGGCAUAAGAAUGAGCACAGAUCCUACCGAGCACAGCCUUGUUCCUACCGAUAUGCUUAUCUACUCGAUUGGCAUCCGGCCCCGUGAUCAGCUCUGCGCUUCCUCUAAUGGCCUUCUUCAUUUGGGUCCUCGCGGUGGUAUCAAAGUUGAUGAAUGUAUGGCUACUUCUGCUCCUGAUGUCUACGCUAUUGGUGAGUGUGCUGCUUUCAAUGGCAUGUGCUAUGGUCUAGUUGCUCCUUGCAAUGAUAUGGCCGAUGUGGUUGCCAAGAACCUGACUAGACAACAACCCAAUUCCAGAGCUAUCUUUAAGGGCAACGACAUGUCUACAAAAUUGAAGCUGAUGGGUGUCUAUGUUGCUAGUUUUGGCAAUGUCUUUCCUGAUGCGUCUCUCAAGACUCAACCUCUGACCUACCGCGAUCCUUUCAAGAGCGUCUACAAAAAGUAUAUUUUCACCCAAGAUGGCAAGAAACUGUUGGGUGGUAUUAUGGUCGGCGAUACCAAUGAUUAUGUCAAGCUUCUAGCCUUCACUCGUAGUGGCAAACCGCUGGAUCGUGAGCCCUCUGAACUCAUUUUAGGCGUCCAAAAUGGUGAAGCGGAAGGUGCUGAUUCGCUUCCUGACGACACUCAAAUCUGCUCUUGUUUCAACAUUGCAAAAGGUGAUAUUCGAAAAGCUAUCCGAGAAAAAGGUCUCACUACUGUGGAUCAAGUGAAAGGUUUCACCAAGGCUGGUACUGGCUGUGGCGGUUGUGUACCCUCUGUUACUGAGAUCUUUGAAGCUGAAAUGAAGGCUUUGGGAAAGACUGUCACCAACACUGUUUGCCGUGAUUUCAAUUACUCUCGUGCUGAGCUUUUUACCAUUGUCAAGGUGAAGGGCCUUCGUUCCUAUGGUGAUAUCGUUGAACAUUGUGCAGUAGACAAAAAUACGUUGGGUUGUGAAGUCUGUAAGCCUACAUGUGCAUCUAUUCUUGCCUCGCUUUACAACGAGAACGUUUUAGACGCUGGCCGUGGUGCUCUUCAAGAAACCAAUGAUCGCUAUCUUGCCAAUAUUCAACGUGGUGGUCUUUACAGUGUUGUUCCUCGAAUUGCAGCUGGUGAGAUCACCCCUGAUAAGCUCGCUGUCAUUGCCCAAGUAGCUAAGCAAUACAGCUUGUACACUAAAAUCACUGGUGCUCAACGUAUUGACAUCUUUGGUGCUCGCAAAGAAGACCUUCCUGAUAUCUGGGAGAUUUUUGUCGACGCUGGUAUGGAAAGUGGCCAAGCUUAUGGUAAGGCUCUUCGUGCUGUCAAAUCUUGUGUUGGUUCAACUUGGUGUAGAUUCGGUCAACAGGAUUCUGUCGGUUGCGCUAUCAGACUCGAAAAUCGUUACAAGGGAAUCCGUUCUCCUCACAAGCUUAAAGGUGGCGUAUCUGGUUGCAUUCGUGAAUGUUCUGAAGCUCAAGGCAAAGAUUUUGGUCUCAUUGCUACUGAGCAAGGUUACAAUGUUUAUGUUGGUGGUAAUGGUGGUACGAAGCCUCGCCAUGCCGAUCUUUUGAUUUCUAGCGUUUCUGAAAAAGAUGCCUUCAAGUAUAUCGAUAGAUUUCUGAUGUAUUACAUCAGAACCGCUGACAAGUUGCAACGUACUGCGCGCUGGAUUGAGAAGCUUCCCGGUGGCGUGGACUAUCUUCGCAAAGUCAUCAUUGAUGAUCACCUUGGCAUUUGUGAGGAACUCGAUAAGCAAAUGGAACAACUGGUCGAUACCUACGAAGAUGAGUGGGCUCGUAUUGUCAAGACUCCCGAGUUGAAAAAGCGCUUCCAAGAAUUUGUAAAUGUUGAUAAUAGUGAAGCCAAAGAGCCCAUGAUUGAAAUGAUUGAAGAGCGAGGACAAUUAAGGCCUGCUGACUGGCCUAAGCAAGUGGACGCUAUGCCUUCUCUCGAGGAGCAAGUCAAGAGUGAAUCAGCAACUUUGGAUUGGAUGCACGUUGGUUCUGCUGAUCUGUACCCUAAGGAUGAGGGCCGUGUUGUCAAGAUGGGUGAUGUGCAAAUUGCUGUGUUUCAAACCUCCAAAGGUGAUUUUUAUGCUACUCAAAAUAUGUGUUCUGUCAAGAGAGAUCUCGUUUUGUCUUCAGGUUUCAUCGGCGAAUUGAAAAAAACCUCUGAAGAUGGUCAACUUGAUAACUCUGUCUAUGUAUCUUGUCCUAUUCAUAAGAAGAACUUUGAUCUGAAGACGGGCAAAUGCUUAAAUGGUGAUGCCCAUUCUAUCAACACAUUUAAUGUCAAGGUGGAAAACAACCAAGUUUAUCUGUUAUUGCCAUCCAUCAACAUUUUAAAUGAUGUUCUGGGUACUGGAAAGUAUAUUAUCAAGAGAUCCAUGACAUCUCCCACUUCUAGUCCUACUUUGGCUGCUUCUGCUUUGGCUGAUAGAAAGACUCCUGUUACUUCUGCUGGUGGAAAAGAUUCUAUGGAUUGGUAG